AUGCUCAGUCGCUUUGUGUUUGUAUACCUUGAUGACAUUCUCAUUUUUUCCCGCACCUUGGAGGAGCAUCGGCAACACAUGAGGUUGGUGCUGCACCGGCUGUUGGAGGACCACCUUUAUUUCAAUCCUGUAAAGUGUGAAUUCCAUUCCCCUUCAGUCAGCUUCCUGAGUUACAUCAUCGCCAAGGGCCAAGUCCGACCAGAUCCCACCAAGAUCCAAGCAGUGGUGGAUGGGCCCAUUCCCACCUCCCAGAAGGACCUCCAGCGUUUCCUGGGUUUCGCAAAAUUUCUAGCGUUGCUUCACCCCAAUCCUUCCCUCCAGUCUGUGGUUGAGGCUGACGCCUCAGAUACUGGUGUUGGAGCUGUCCUUUCUCAGAGGGACCCGGCUACUCAGAAACUACACCCCUAUGCAUUCUUCCACCAUCUGGUGUCCUGGAGUUCCUUCCUCCCAUGGAUUGAAUAUGCCCACAACUCCCUCUCCUGCUCGGCCAUGGUGCCUACCACCUCCAAGCUCCAGUGCUUCGCCGCCCAGCCAUCGCUUUCGUGCCCAGCCACUCACCUCCACCUCAUUCUCGGAUCCUCACCACUCUCUGCUCCACUGACCUUGCCAACAUCCUGCACCAACCUCCUCGAUGAUCCCCAGCUCCCAUUCCCUGACCACCAUUCCUCACUCCCACCUCCUCAACUUCAUUAA